GGUUUAGCGUCAACCCGCAUCCCAAACAGAACCUCUUUUCUCACUGCUAGGUUUUGUUCUCGUCUAGCGAACAGAACACCUACUGUGCUGCUCCUUUGUUCUACUCUUUCCAUCCCCGCAGUUGCAGAGACACAUUCACUUAGAGAGAGAGAGAGAGAGAGAGAGAGAGAGAAUGCUGGACAUCAAUCUCUUCAGGGUAGAGAAAGGCGGCAAUCCCGACGUCAUCCGUGAAUCUCAACGGCGUCGUUUCGCCAACGUCGACCUCGUCGACGAGGUCAUCAAGCUCGAUAAAGAAUGGCGUCAACUUCAAUUCGAGGUCGAGAAUCUUCGCAAGGAGUUCAACAAGAUCAACAAGCAAAUCGCUCAACUUCGAAUUGCGGGUAAAGACACCACCAAUAUGAUUAAGAAUACAGAGGAAAAUAAGAAGUCGGCAGCAGAGAGAGAUGCCGAAGUUCGGGAAGUUUUAAAACAAUUGAAUUCAAAAUUGGAAACAAUUGGAAAUCUCGUUCAUGAUUCAGUUCCAGUCAGCAACGAUGAGGCAAACAAUGAGGUGAUCAGAUCAUGGGGUGAGAAACGGUUGGAACCAAAAUUAAAGAAUCAUGUCGAGCUUGUUGAGCUCCUUGGGAUUGCAGAUUUGAAGAAAGGUGCUGAUGUAGCUGGAGGUAGAGGUUUCUACUUGAAAGGAGACGGAGUGCGUCUUAAUCAAGCUCUGAUUAACUUUGGUCUUGACUUUUUGGAGAAAAGAGGAUAUACAGCAUUGCAGACUCCAUUUUUUAUGAGAAAAGAUAUCAUGGCAAAGUGUGCUCAAUUAGCACAAUUUGAUGAAGAACUUUACAAGGUAACGGGUGAGGGAGAUGACAAAUAUCUGAUUGCUACAGCUGAACAGCCACUUUGUGCGUAUCAUUUGGAUGAUUGGAUCCAUCCUUCUGAACUACCCUUAAGAUAUGCUGGAUAUUCAUCCUGCUUUCGUAAAGAAGCUGGUUCACAUGGUCGAGAUACUCUGGGAAUAUUCAGAGUUCAUCAGUUUGAGAAGGUGGAGCAGUUUUGCCUUACUGGCCCAGAUAACAAUGAAUCCUGGACAAUGCAUGAGGAAAUGAUCAAAAACUCCGAGGAUUUCUACAAGAUGCUGAACAUCCCCUAUCAAGUUGUUGCUAUUGUUUCUGGUGCCCUGAAUGAUGCUGCUUCAAAGAAGUAUGAUUUGGAAGGAUGGUUUCCUGCCUCUCAGACGUACAGGGAGCUGGUGUCCUGCUCAAACUGUACAGACUAUCAGUCCAGAAGAUUGGAGAUUCGAUUUGGGCAGAAAAAGAGCAAUGAGCAAGCAAAGAAAUAUGUUCACUUAUUGAACUCAACACUCACAGCAACCGAGAGAACAAUAUGCUCUAUACUUGAGAACUACCAGAGAGCGGAUGGUGUUGAGAUACCAGAAGCCUUGCGACAAUUUAUGGGUGGAAAGACCUUUCUACCUUUCAAGAACAAAACGGCUGAUGAAGCCAAAGGGAUGCGCAAACCCAUUCACGAAUAUGGUCAAGCUGGCACACAAUUCACUUCAAUCAUGAAACUGUUUCAAAAGAGGAAAAUGGUGUGGAACCUUGGGUAUAAAAUAUUAAGCAAAUUUUUGUAACGAGGAAGUCGUUCUUCAAGCCAUCUUUUUCUAAAGCGUUAUGCUUUGACUUGUUGCUAGCUAGCUAGUAACCAAUCGAUGAUAUUACUGUCGAAAGCAAGACUUUUUGAACUAGAGUCCACAACGUUCUAGUGUUUGGCUUUGCCCUCCAAAGGAUCAUAUUUAUCCAAA